UUUGUGGCUGUGUUAACUAGUGACGGACGACCCCAAUUUAUCGUCUCGAGAUCAGCAGCAGCUGAAACCAAAAAUGUCGGAUCCCACGGUUGCAGACACUCGCCGAUUAAACUCUAAACCGCAGGAUCUCACAGAUGCGUAUGGCCCCCCAAGCAAUUUUCUUGAAAUCGACGUUUAUGACCCACAAACUAUUGGAGUCGGCCGGAACCGAUUUACCACCUAUGAAGUGCGAAUGCAGACAAACCUUCCCAUCUUCAAACUUAAGGACUCUGUUGUGCGAAGAAGGUACAGUGAUUUUGAGUGGCUGAAGAAUGAGCUGGAGAGAGACAGUAAGAUUGUGGUGCCCCCUCUCCCUGGCAAAGCUUUGAAGAGACAGCUGCCCUUCCGAGGAGAUGAGGGUAUCUUUGAGGAGUCGUUCAUUGAGGAGCGGAGGGUAGGCUUGGAGCAGUUCAUCAACAGACUCGCAGGUCAUCCCCUGGCCCAGAAUGAGCGCUGUCUUCACAUGUUCCUUCAGGAUGAGUCCAUUGACCGAAACUACAUUCCUGGAAAAGUGUGAAUAAACAGCCCCAGAGAUGAAAAUGAUGAGGUCUACUCAGCCCAGCUACUCACCCCUACACCACCUGGCUGUUUGGCUUUAUCACUAGAGCCCACACUCUCUUCCACAGGUGGCCCAUCCUCCUAGACAACUGCAUCUGCCGGGAACUCUCUGUAAAUACUAUGUACAUAUAUAUACAUAUCUUAAUUGUAGUCGGUCUGGGGAAGCUGCCGGAAUACUCACAUGCAGAGCAUUUAUCUUGUAGCAGAAGCUUGAGGGUGGAGAAGGUGAAUUUAUGAAACGACUGAGUUAGUAAGCUACCUUGUGUAAACCUUUUGAAACAACAGGAUUUUUCUAGAGUUAAACUUGAGGCUUAUUAAGUAAGAGUAAUGAGUUGGUAAUAAUUAUAACACUUAAUUUUUGGAAUGAGAAAAUACUGAGUAGUUUUAGUCACAAGUUGGCUUCCUAACUUGUGAAUUCUGCUUGGCGAAAUAUAAUAGUGUACAUUUUCUCAUGUGAAAAAUACUUCUCCCUGAGCAACCAGUUUCUCAGUUAUAGAGAUUGAUCUCCCUUGGGAAACCUGGCCAACCUGACUCACCAACACAAAGAAAAGCAUUCUAUUACGUUCCAUUAAGAUUAUUUUUAUAUUCAUGUAUAUGUACUUGACAACUUAACAAAUCUUGAUAGAGGAAUGAUUCCAUAGUAUACAACAAAAUGCCAAGAAUUAUGAUGAGUCUUGGGGACAAAUAUUCAUUCAUACCAUCUCAAUGGUCAUCAAAGAUUCCAUGGCACUUGCUGCAAUAGUAGGGAUUUUAACCCCAAUGUGUUGGGAAAACUCCCAACCUAGAUUCUCGCCACUGUGGUCACAAAAUCAUUCUCAACCUCUCUCCUCUACUGAAAAACUAUUGUAGGUUGUAAAUUACAAUAUUUAAAAUCAACUUACCUGUUAAAAUAAAGGUCCAUCAAUAACAAGAAUGUCCAGCAGGAAGCUUAUUUUGCUUACAUUUGCAGAUACAGGGUUGUCUCAGAAGGAAAUAUUAUGCAGUGUUUUGGUGCAUCUGUUCUCUGAUCUGUUUAAUGUUUGGGGUGAGGUUUAUGCAGAUGGAAAUGUCUGUAAUCAAGCACCAAAGAUAGUUCAUGCUGCCUUGUGAUUGUGCAAUGUCUUCCUGAAACAUCCUCGGCCUCAACUCAACUAAACUGAUGGCUAGUCGCCAACCAUAAAAUAAAGGUCAAUCGAUAACAAGAAUGUCCAGCAGGAUGCUUAUUUUGCUUACACUUGCAGAUACAGGGUUGUCUCUGAAGGAUGCAGUGUUUAGAUGCAUCUGUUCACUCUGAUCUGUUUAAUGUGUGGGCUGAGGUUUAUGCACCCGGAAAUGAUGUAAUCAAGCACCAAAGACAGUUCCUGCUGCCUUGUGAUUGUGCAAUGUCUUCCUGAAACAUCCUCGGCCUCACCUCAACUAAACUAAUGGCUGGUCGCCAACCAUUUCGUUGGUGUUUUAUAUGUUCAUGUGUAUUUGACCACCAUUCAAAUACAUAAAAGCUAAUUGUUGUUUUUUCUGAUUUAAUUUGUUUACAUCUAUUGACCACAAUGUAAUGUUAGUUUAUUAAACCACUGAAAAUCUA